AUGGAUGGUAAUUACACCAUCCUGGCCUUCGAUCCAGACCUGGCUGACACCAUUGCCGGCCUGAUCAAAGAGAUCCACAGCCAGCGAGCCGACAUCAGCAGCCUGACUGACAAAGUCCACGACCAGAUCAACGAUAUCCAUGGCCUCAAAGACAUUGUCUUCAGCUUCAAUAACACCGUCCAAAACCAACGCACCGCCCCCGCACCGCCGGGUGAGUUCAACAACCCAGUUGAAUGGCCGAAGGACUUCCAAUUAAUCGUCAUCAGCUGGUUUACAUUCCUUACGCUGGUCCUUUGGGCUCUGUUCAUGUCAAAGUGCAUUCCGAUUCUCGCCUCGGAGGCAAAGAUUUGGCGCGAGGAAGAAAAGGAGGCCGGGAAGAAGCGGCAGAAGUGCCUAGAGGAAACGACGCGUAAGUCACUCAAGGAGAACGGGUGGUGCACGGCAAAGGAGGUACAGUGCCUGGAGAACGUGACGCGCAGCAUAAUUCUGGAGCGUGAAAAAGCUGCGCAAGAGCAGCGUGAAAAAGCUGAGCGACUGGAGCGUCAGGAACGUCAGAAGCGUCAAAAAGCUGAGCUUCAGGAGCAUCAAAAGCGUCAAGUAACUCAGCAACUGGAGCGUCAGAAGCGAAAUGCAGCUCUGGAUGCUCGUCUCGGGCAGCAUUUGACCCAACGCUCUGCGAAAUUGCAGGUCCAAAUCGCCCAGUCGGAGCAGCAGGAGGGCGAAGAGGGCGGUGCAGUCAACAAGGAGGCUGGAGACGAUAAUGCUUGA